UGGAAAAGGCGACUUCUGUGCAACAAUCACCAUUUCUCUCUCUCUCUCUCUCUCUCUCUCUCUCUCUCUCUCUCUCUCUCUCCUUCUAAACUAUUUCCUUGUGUCUCUGUUUCAUUUUAAACAGAGACAGGAAACCCUAAGCUAGGGUUUCAAGAUCGCCAAGGGAUAACGCUUUUAGUUUAUUAAUGCCAAAUUGAAGAAAAGAGGGGAGCGUUUCCGUUUCUUCUUCAUCUCCUGACUUCGGGUGCUAGUUAGCUGGUGGGGUCAAAGCCAUGGCCGGUCGCAGAGACAAAGGCCAAACGCUUCGUGGAUCUCGAAUCGCAGUAGCCAUUGCCAUCGGAAUUCUUGUUGGGUGCAUUUGCGCUCUCGUGUACCCUAACGGAUUCUUCAGUGGUAAUUCGAUAACCCAAAAUCGCCGACUCUCCAAAUCAAGUAUUCAGACUGUCUCUUCUCCAUGUGAAUCACCAGAACGGCUUAAAAUGCUAAAGUCAGAACUUGUAUCUCUCUCAGAGAAGAGUGCUGAGUUACAGAAACAGAUCAGAGAGCUCACGGAAAAGUUAAGGCUGGCUGAACAAGGAAAAGAUCAUGCUCAGAAGCAGGUGUUAGCUUUGGGUGAACAGCACAAGGCUGGGCCUUUUGGUACUGUAAAGGGUUUGAGAACCAAUCCAACUAUUAUUCCUGAUGAGUCUGUAAACCCAAGAUUGGCAAAGAUCUUGGAGGUGGUUGCAGUUCAGAAAGAGCUUAUUGUUGCACUUGCAAAUUCCAAUGUUAAAGACAUGUUGGAGGUUUGGUUCACUAACAUCAAGAGAGCUGGUAUACCCAAUUACCUGGUUGUAGCAUUAGAUGAUAAGAUUCUAGAUUUCUGCAAGUCGAAUGAUGUUCCAGUGUAUAAGAGAGACCCAGAUGAGGGUAUUGAUUCUGUUGCAAGAAGUGGAGGUAACCAUGCUGUAUCUGGAUUGAAGUUUCGCAUUUUGAGGGAAUUUCUGCAGUUGGGUUACAGUGUUCUUCUUUCGGAUGUUGAUAUUAUCUACUUGCAGAACCCAUUUGAUCAUCUUUAUCGAGACUCUGAUGUGGAGUCUAUGACUGAUGGUCACAAUAAUAUGACAGCUUAUGGAUACAACGAUGUAUUUGAUGAACCUGCCAUGGGUUGGGCUCGUUAUGCUCAUACAAUGAGGAUAUGGGUUUACAAUUCUGGUUUCUUCUAUAUAAGGCCUACAAUUCCAUCUAUUGAACUCUUGGACCGUGUAGCUGAUCGGCUUUCUAGGCAAUCAAAUUCUUGGGAUCAAGCAGUUUUCAAUGAGGAACUCUUUUUCCCUUCCCAUCCUGGCUAUGAUGGGCUUCAUGCUUCCAAGAGAACUAUGGAUUUCUAUUUAUUCAUGAACAGCAAAGUCCUCUUCAAAACAGUGAGGAAAGAUGCUAAACUAAAGAAGUUAAAGCCAGUGAUUGUUCAUGUAAAUUACCACCCAGAUAAAUUUCCAAGGAUGAAAGCUGUUGUAGAAUUCUACGUAAAUGGCAAGCAAGAUGCACUCGAUCCAUUUCCUGAUGGUUCAGACUGGUAGAAAUAGGAAUACAGAAGAUUUAGUUUUCACCCUUGCAUGGGUUCUUCUACCCACUCGGUAAAGUUCACCGAAUACAGGUAGUUUGUUUUGACUUUGUUAUCUUUCUGAGCAAUUUUUCCUCCCCUCUUCAAUGUUCUCCACCUUUUUGCUUUUUUAAUAUCCAUCUUGUACUAACAUUAUAAACUUGUGUCCAAAAUUUUAAUUUACUACGCAAUAAGUUUCUUCUCAAUCUUGUAUGCCAA